AUGUCGGCUCGAACAGCCAAGCUGCUGGGACGCAAGAGCAGCAGCAGCCACACCGCCGUCACGUCGGGCAUGGCAGGCAGCAGCAGGAGCAGCAGCAGCAACGUCCGCCAGCAGCUCGACCACAGACAGAGCACCGAAACGCUCCCCGACGACGACGCAGCCUCGGUCCUGACGACCAACUCGGCCAAGCAAAAGGGGACGUUCAUGUGCGGCUUCUGCAGGGAGGAAGGCAUCCGCAAGACGUGCACGCGCAAGAACGACCUGAAGCGCCACAUGGAGGACUUCCACAGCAUGAACGCCCUCUGGUUCUGCGGCCAGAACGGGUGCGGCAUGGUCUUUGACUGGCCGACCGUGUACAAGACCCAUCUGAAGACGGCCCAUGGCGGGUCGCGCGUCGUGCCGGAGGACGUCAAGGUCACGCUGUGUCCCCAGACCGUCUUCGCCUGCGGCUUCGACCGGUGCAUACAGGUCUUCGAGUCGUCCUCGGACGCCGACGCGCCUGCCACCUUCAAAGAGUACGUCGCCCACGUCGUCAAGCACUUUGACGACGGCGGCGGCGGCGGCGGCGGCGGCAGUGGCCAGCCUCAGUGGUCGUACUCGACGCGUCUGCGCAACCUGCUCCGCCAGUCGGCCGUCCUCAACGCCUGGGCAGACACCUACCCCGACGCCGACUCGCGGGAUCUCCGCUGGCAGCCGCAGACGACGGGCGUGCUGCGCAAGCUGCUCGAGACGAGACACGUCCUCCCCCGCAACGUCGGGCUGCUUGUCCGGUACGCUUAUGCGCUGGGAUCUGACCAGCCUGACCCGUCGACCCUGUCCGAUAUCCACCAGGUCUUUCGUAUACCCGUCAGCGAAGAAUGCCAGCUGCAGAUCCCGGGACACCGGACGAUGCGUCAACCAUCACCCAUGAUACAUCAGCAGCAGCAGCAGCAGCAGCAUACGCCGCAGCACGAGCACCAGCAGCACCAGCAGCACCAGCAGCACCAGCACCAGCAACAACAGAUGAUGCGGCAUCAAGCUCCGCAAACCCCGCAACAGCCCGAGCAGGACCAAUUCUCGUUCAAGAUCUCCCGCGGAAAUAAUCCCCACCCCCACCUAGCGCACUACUACGCCACCCAGAGACGAACGUUCCAGACCAAGCCGCCCGUACGAGCAGGUCGAUCGGCAAGACCGCCCAUGCUAUCUCAGCAUCAGCAAAACUUCCCCCAACAAUCACAGCCACAGUUGCCACCUCAGCAGGCCAUGUUCAACCCUAACAAUAUGGGUCACGGUCAUGGCAUGUGGCAGCAGCAGCAGCAGCAGCCAUAUCGUCAGAUGAUGACGCUCUCUGACAAGGGCAUCAUAGCGGAUGAUCUGCGCAGCCUGAGAUCCAUGGCUAGCACGAGCAGCGGUGGUAGUAACGGAAAUGCUCACCAGAAUCAGCAUCACGUUGAUGUGGACAUGGCAGAUGCGCACAUGAUGGAUCUGACGGCGUAUAACAUGUCUCGCAUAUCAGCCGCUACAGCGUAUUCUGUCGAUGUCGGGUUGCAGAGUCCGGCUUCUGAGGGGGAUUGUGUCAAGAUGGAGGGACAUUACUCUCUCGGUACAGAUCACGACUACUUGUACAAUCAGGCAGCACGAGUACGAGUGACAUGGUUCAACUUCUCAACGCAGAUGGGGUACACACUCCCUACUCGUCGGACUCGGCUUGCAGGCAUGUUCACCAUCAGGCCUCCGUCCGACGACAAUGUCAUUCAGCCUCUGGGGGAUGACGAUCAGCGUAUCCUCGUUGGUCUCACUCACAAAUAUGGGGUUUCAAGUCUCAUGUGCGCUUUGAGUGCACUGGGAGGGUCGUCUCGCGCCUCCACAAUAUCGGCCACUACUCUGCUCAGCAGCACCAGCGCCCCCUCACUCGUCUGGACCGCCUCCGACGCCGCCUCCAUCCGCACUCAGUCCACCCGCGAAGGUCCCCUGGUAUCCAUCGCCGACACCAGCUCCCUUUCUGAUACCGACUUCCCCGCCGUCAAGCUGCCCUCGGACGUAGCAUGGCUCGAGUCGCCGGCCACCAUCCAGUCCCCCCCCGUCCAGACCCAGACCCCGGUCGGCAACGCCACGGCCGCAUCACCUCGCCUGGCCAUCCCCACGCUGAAGAAGUAUCAGUGCCCCAUGUGCUUCUUGGACCGCAACCUGGUCGAGUUCGGCCGCAAGAGCGACUUCAAGAAGCAUCUCAACAACUUCCACGGCACCGACGUCACCUGGAUCUGCCGCACAAAGGGCUGCCACCUCUCCUUCGCCACGGAGCGCGCCUACAGCACCCACGCCAAGGAGGCUCACAAGAUGGACGCCCUGCCCAGCAGCGCCGCCCGCACCGAGCUGUGCCCGCAGCUCGUCUUCUCCUGCGGCUUCGCCAGCUGCAAGGACCGCGUCUUCGAGGCCGCCGCGCGUGAAGACGCCGCCGCCAGCCGCGACAAGUACUUUGAGCACAUCGCCAAGCACUUCGAGGACGACUUUGAUGUCAACGACUGGGAGUACCGCGUGCAGAUCCAGAACCUCAUGCGCCAGUCGCGUGUCAAGCACACCUGGAAGACGGGCAUAUGGCCCAAGGAGCGACGCCAGCAGCUGUCAUGGAAGCCUCGUUCGUCGGGAGACCUCCGUCGCAUGCUCGAGGCCCGCCACCUCGGCGACGACAUCUCCCAGCUUGUCCGCCUGGCCUUCAUCCUCGGCACCGCCCCCUUCACCUCGUCUCGCACCCCGCCCCCGAGCGAGAUUGACCAGCACUUCCAGCUGCCCUUCCGCAGCCAGUGCCUCCUCGAGACGGCCGAGCCGCCCGCCAGCAGCACCGCCGGCGACGACGGUCCGCCGGCGACGUCGUCGUCGUCCGCCUCAUCCAUCAUUGGCAGUGCCACCAAGUCGCGGCCGCAAUCCAUGUUCCGCCUGUCGGGCCGCCGCGUCAAGCCCGGUCGCAACGCCCGCCCGUCGACACCCGCCAGCACCAUGUCUGGCCCGCCUCCCACGUCGACACCUUCCGCCUCCUUCCUGAGCUCGGCGGCGUCGACGUCGUCGGCUCCCGCCGCUACCAUCGGCGCCGGCGCCGACACGUUCAUGUCCGGUGAAGCCGACGCCAGCUCUGGCCCCCACCCGGGGACACCCAUCGUCAUACCCGGCGAGAGGAGCCUGCCCGCCGACGCCCCCGAGUUCAUCCCUCCCGAGGGCGUCACCAGCAUGCUGCCGAAGCAGGAGCCGCAGCAUCAGCACAUCCAAGCCAGCACACCGCUGACCAUUGAUACGCCCCUGAGCAUGACGUCGGUUCCCGAUUCGCCGGCCAUGUACGCCAUGACGCCCCUGAGCGGCAACGGCAGCCAUCAGCACCAGCACCAGCACCAGCAACAUCACCACCACCACCAUCUUGACGAGCCGCACAAUGUCUACUCCAUGUACGGGUCUGCUCCGCCGACGUCUGUGCCCGACGAUGUGCCCAUGUCACCCUACGACCAGCCGAUGAGCCAGGUCGAGAGCGACCACCACGCGGCGGUCGAAUACGGCGAGAUGAUGUAUGGAUGCACGCCGGCGAGCAACGCCUCCGCCUCGACGAUACGACCGGCGACGCCGGUGCCACACAAGCGACCAGUCUCCUGGAGCCGGGUAGGCAGCAUGGACGACAUGCGUUCGGUGCGGAGGUCCUCGGCGUCGAUGGGCAGCGCAUACGGUAACGACUCUCCCAUGUCAGUGGGCCACACGGACGUCGGAGUUGGCGGCAUCCCCUCUCACGGGAUGGCGGGGAUGGUGCCCGUGUCGAUGGACCAGAUCCCCAACGCGUACGGCGAGAUGAUUCCCCCUCACCCGUCGGCCUACCACUACCAGCACCACCACCACCACCACCACCAACAGCAACAGCAACAGCAGCACCAGCACCAGCAGGCACCGACGUCGAUGCCAGCAGGUACAGAGUGGGGCGUACCGAUGAGGAUGGGCCAGGAGCCGCAGGUCGGUUACCAUGCUCAGCAGCAGCAGCAGCAGCAGCAGCACUACCAAGAGGGACCUGACAUGUCAUCCAUGACGACGUUCUUCUUUGACGACGAAGGGAGGUUGUAA